AUUUCCUGUUGGGGAACUCAGAAGGUCCUCAUGGAAACCACAACACAACAGGAAAUCCUUAGGCGAAAGAGAAAAAAUACAUGCACUGAGUGUGGGCAAAACUUCAUUCACAGAUCAAGCCUUUCUGUUCAUCUGAGAAUCCACACAGGGGAGAGGCCCUACAAAUGCCCUGAGUGUGGGAAAACCUUCAAUCGCAGUUCGCACCUUAUUAGUCAUCAAACAAUCCACAGAGGGGAAAGACCCUACGAAUGCAGUGAGUGCGGGAAAACCUUCAAUCGCAGCUCAAACCUUAUUAGCCAUCAAAGAAUUCACACGGGGGAGAGGCCGUAUAAAUGCUGUGAGUGUGGAAAAUGCUUCACUAAGAGUUCAGCCCUUUCUCAACAUCAGAGAAUCCACACGGGGGAGAGGCCCUAUGAAUGCCGUGAGUGUGGGAAAACCUUCACUAACAGCUCACACCUUUCUAGACAUCAGAGAAUCCACACAGGGGACAGGUCCUACGAAUGCAGUGACUGUGGGAAAAGCUUCCCACAAAGAUCAGCCCUUUCUGUUCAUCAGAGAAUCCACACAGAUGAGAGGCCCUAUGAGUGCAGAGAGUGUGGGAAAAGCUUCACUCAAAGAUCACCCCUUUCUGUUCAUCAGAGAAUCCACACGGGGGAAAGGCCCUAUGAAUGCAGAGUGUGUGGGAAAAGCUUCACUCAAAGAUCAGCCCUUUCUGUUCAUCAGAGAAUCCACACAGAUGAGAGGCCCUAUGAAUGCAGUGAGUGCGGGAAAAGCUUCACUGACAGCUCAGCCCUUUCUAAACAUCAGAGGAUCCACACAGGGGAAAGACCCUACGAAUGCCGUGAGUGUGGGAAAAGCUUCACUCAAAUAUCAGCCCUUUCUGUUCAUCAGAGAAUCCACACAGGGGAAAGACCCUAUGAAUGCCUUGAGUGUUGUAAAACCUUCAGUCGCAGCUCGCACCUUAUUCGUCAUCAAACAAUCCACAGAGGGGAAAGACCCUACGAAUGCAGUGAGUGCUGGAAAACCUUCAAUCGCAGCUCGCAGCUUAUUAGCCAUCAAAGAAUUCACACGGGGGAGAGGCCCUAUGAAUGCAAUGAGUGUGGGAAAACCUUCUCUUGGCACUCAGCCCAUAGCUCACACCUUAGCGCACAUCAGAGAAUCCACACAGGGGAGACGCCCUACACGUGCUCUGAGUGCGGGAGAAGCUUCAAUCGGAGCUCAAACCUUAUCACACAUCAGAGAAUCCACACAGGGGAGACGCCCUACAUGUGCUCUGAGUGCGGGAGAAGCUUCAAUCGGAGCUCACACCUUAUCACACAUCAGAGAAUCCACACA